UUUAUUUCAGUUAUCUGUUACAGUUCUUGAUCGUCAAAAUGGGAUCGCUGUUCCUAAAAUUUGUCUAUAUUCUGACUGCACUGAGCAUUGCUGCAGAUUUUAUGCAUCUCGGUAGCACUUGGUUCAACGCGGGACAACAUGACGGCGAGAUAAGUGUCCAGUCUUCCUCCCUGUUUCUCCCUGGGGCGAGUGGCGCGCCGAUUUGGCCGUGGGUAGGGAGAUAUUUGUCAAAGAGUGCAAUCAAAGCUGCUAAGAAAAGGGCCAAGAACCAAGCCAAAAAGGCCGGAAGGAGCAGAAAUAAAUCAAGAAAGAGUUCAGGGGGUGCAGGCAAGUGAUAAUUGUAUCAAAAGUGCUCAUUCAGUCAAUGAAAACUCCUUUCUUUUCUUGUUAUGAAGAAAAAAUAUCAGGGAAGAUUCCUUUCUCUCAACAUUUUCCUUUUUUUUUUUUUUCAGAACACACCAAAAAUGCUCGGAAAAGUACCUCGAAUAAGCACCAAAAAGGACAGGCUAGAAAGAACAGGGACCGACAACGCGCCAAGGGAAAUCGUAGAGGAUAA